GCAUCUAAUUUUUGAUUAGUUAUUCAGUCAUUCGUAACAAUGAACGCCGAAGUAUCAAUCGACUUUAGUCAAACAUUUGGUUUACUAUACAACUUCUGCAACAUCUGUGGUGUUCCAACUGUUGUGAUUUAUAAAGGACGCGUCCAAGUGUCAAAACUUUGCGUUAGUUACUGCAUCUUUAUAAUGUUUAUCUUUUAUUUUUCUUUUUAUUUUUAUUGUAAGAGAUUCGCACGUGAUAUCUUAGUUUCGUCCGACGUCACUGGUGCAAUCAGUGUGAUAUCACUUGUUCUUGGCGUUUCUUACAUAGCAAUCUGCACUCUAAUAAAUAUAUUCUUGUUCAAAAGAAGAGCCAACUUGAUCUUGGAUAUGGCUGCAUUCCUUAGUGAGUCGGAAUAUUUUUGCGGAAAAUUCAGUGAGUGCAGUUUCAAAAAUAUUGUGAAGAUAGGAAUAUAUAUAGCCUACACCAAGCUUGUUUUGCAAACUUCGAUACACGUGUAUUAUAUAAUGACGGAAUUCGGAUCGAAUUCAGAUAUAUGGGCCCCUGCACUCAGCUAUUUGUACGGUGCUAUUUCUAGCGAAGCCCAAUUUAUUGAAAUUUGUAUCCAUCUCUACGUUACGAAAGCUCAACUUUCCAAUUUAAAUACUAGAUUGAGUGGUAUCGUCGAAAACAAGUACAACUCAUCCCCACCAAAUGGAGCCACAUCAAAAAUUUUAUAUCAGUUUAAAGAAACUCAUAGGAAAGUUUCCAAGGUUGUGGAUGAUUUUAACGAAGUGUUCGGUGUAAUCAUCCUAGGUCAAAUCAUGAUGACUUUUAUCGAUGUCACUACGGGAUAUUUUCGCAUCGAGGAGAUGAAUCCAACCUACAUUGACUAUUAUGGUAUUGUGAAUUCUGUCACCAAAUGCAUAUAUCUGUGUAGCUUAUCAGAUGGUCUCGCUAAUCAGGCUAAGGCAGCUGGAAGAGCAAUUUACAAAAUGGAUGUAUACGCAAUUAAGAUUCUCAGCGAAAUAGAAUUAGUUUCGCUACAAGUUAUCAGUCAUCAAAAUAGAAUCACUGCUGCGGAAUUGUUCAACAUUGAUAAGAGACUUUUAUUCGCGAUGGUGCAGGCAAUAACCGCAUACUAUAUAAUCCUCGUCCAACUGUAUCCAAAUCAAAAUAAAUGAAGAUUAAUUGAG